ACCCCUACACAAGUGUUUAUCACUCUUUUUCUGACACCUGAAAACACUUAAACAGUUAAACCCCUUUCACCUUCAAAUUUCUUCCCCAAAAUUUUCGUAGGGUUUUUCUCUCUCCUCCACCAUGGCUCGUGUUUAUCACUCUAAUAUCCGAAACCAGUCCUAUUUACCUUGCCGUAAUCCUAAAUCUCCGGCGGAUUACCCGCGCGGCAGGCCACCGGAUGCUCCGAUGUUCCGCCGUCCUCUCCGCCCUAAUUUCGUCGUAAAGCUUUCUCCUCUCCCCGGCGACACCUUCAACUACCGCAAUUCCGUUUUCGUUGAGGGAUUAUUGCUGAAAAACUGCAAAUUCCACCCGUACGACGUCGUUUUCGAGCCGAAACCUUUUGCAAUUGUUCUGUAUUUCACUCAGUGGAGCUGCGCCCGCGACGCGUUCGUUAAAUUCUGGGAAUCGCUGUUCUCCGGCGACCACAACCUGGUGCCGAAUUUGAUCAGAAACGUCAUCGUUUUAUCGGACCGAGACGAGGUGAAUAGCAGGUUGAAGCCGCUGUUUUCGGCUAAGCUUCGAGGGCUGGAUUCCUGUGAGGAGGUGAAGAGUUGGGAGGGGAAAUUGCUUAGUUUAGAGAAAGAAAUUGCUGUUGUUUUAGCUUCCUUGAGGAAGCAUAAUCCUCUGCAGUUGUUCGAUGAGCUGAAGAAGAAGAAGGAGGUGUUAAGGGGUGAGAAAGAGCUGAUUUUAAAGCGCAUUCAAGAGUUUAAGGCCGGAGUUCGUUGUUUACUUACACAUAUUGAAGGAGGAAAAGGGAAUGGAGAAGGAUUUUCGCCGUAUCGGUUCGACGGCGAUGGGGUUGAUUGGCCGAGGAUUUAUUACCUGAUUUUGAGGGAAUGUCGACGGCUUCGUGAUGGUUUGCCUAUCUAUGCUUACCGGCGGGAACUUCUCCGGCAUAUCAGUUCUCAGCAGAUUAUGGUGCUGAUAGGAGAAACGGGAUCGGGAAAGAGUACUCAGUUGGUACAAUUUCUUGCCGAUUCAGGUGUAGUUGCUGAUGGAUCUCUAAUAUGCACUCAGCCAAGAAAGAUUGCGGCGAUUUCAUUGGAACGCCGAGUUCAAGAAGAGAGUUAUGGGUGUUAUGAAGAAAACGCUAUUAGCUGUUAUCGGUCUUCUUCAUGUCUUAAAAGAUUUGAUGGCAAGAUAGUAUAUAUGACAGACCACUGUUUACUGCAGCAAUGCAUGAAGGACAGGAUGUUGUCUGGGGUUUCCUGCAUUCUUGUGGAUGAAGCUCAUGAGAGGACGCUAAACACUGAUCUGCUCUUGUCGAUGCUUAAGAAACUGCUUCCUCAGAGGCCUGAACUGAGGCUUAUUAUCAUGUCUGCAACAGCUGAUUCUAAGCAGCUUUCCGAAUAUUUUUUUGGAUGUGGAAUGCUUUCGGUAGUCGGCAGAAACUUUCCAGUUGAUGUGAAAUAUGUCCCAUGCUUCUCUGAAGGAACUUCUCAGUCACACACUGCAUCUUCUGGUAACAUUGCCCCCUAUGUAUUUGACGUUGUAAGAUUGGUGACAGAAAUCCAUAGAACCGAGAACGAAGGAACAAUUCUUGCAUUUUUAACGUCUCUUAUGGAAGUUGAAUGGGCUUGUGAAAUGUUGGUUGCGGCUGAUGCAGUGCCUUUGGCAUUACAUGGUAAACUUUCACAUGAAGAGCAGUCACAUGUGUUCCAGGACUACCCAGGUAAAAGAAAAGUUAUAUUUGCGACAAACAUUGCCGAAACAUCCUUGACAAUUCCUGGGAUCAAGUUUGUUGUUGAUUCUGGCAUGGCCAAGGAGAGCAGAUUUGAACCUGGUUCUGGCAUGAACGUAUUGAAGGUAUGUUGGAUCAGCAAGAGUUCUGCUAACCAACGAGCUGGCCGCGCUGGGAGAACGGAACCAGGAUGCUGUUAUCGGCUGUACUCGCAGGAUGAUUUUACUUUGAUGGCCGCCCAGCAAGAACCCGAAAUUCGUAGAGUGCAUCUGGGUGUUGCAGCCUUGAAAAUUAUUGCACUGGGCAUAGAAAACAUUUGUGACUUUGACUUCAUUGAUGCUCCCUCCAGUGAGGCGAUUGAUAUUGCUAUUCGAAAUCUUGUGCAGUUGGGAGCUGUCACUUCAAAAGAUGGUAACUUUGAAAUGACUGGCCUCGGUCAGUCUCUGGUUAAACUUGGCAUUGAGCCUCGUUUAGGAAAACUGAUUCUUGGUUGCUUCAGUUUUGGCCUUAAAAAGGAAGGUAUUGUUCUUGCGGCGGUUAUGGCAAAUGCCAGUAGUAUAUUUUGUCGAGUUGGUAAACUUGAAGAUAAGCGAAAGUCUGACCGUCUCAAGGUGCCUUUUUGUCACCCGCAUGGUGAUCUCUUUACUCUGCUCUCUGUUUACAAAGCAUGGGAAGAUGUUCCAGUGGGGAAGAAGAGGAAUCAGUGGUGCUGGGAUAACAGCAUCAAUGCCAAAGCGCUGCAAAGAUGCCAUGAUGCCGUCUGUGAAUGGGAGAGCUGUCUUAAAAGUGAACUUCAAAUUAUUGUACCAAGUUACUGGUGUUGGACACCUGAAAGAGUCACAGAGCAUGAUGGUAAGCUUAAAAUGGCCAUUCUUGCUUCCCUUGCUGAAAAUGUGGCAUUUUAUUCUGGUAGUGAUCAACUCGGCUAUCAAGUGGCGUUGUCUGGGCAGUAUAUACAGCUUCAUCCUUCCUGUUCUCUGCUGAUGUUCAAUCAAAAGCCUGAUUGGGUUACCUUUGGUGAAAUUGUAUCAACAUCUUGUAAAUAUUUGACAUGUGUGACUGCAUUUAACCAGGACUUCUUAUCUGAUCUUACUCCUCCUCCUCUAUUUGAUGUCUCUAGGUUGGUAAGCCAAAAACUGCAGGUGACAACAUUAUCUGGUAAUGGGAAAACUGUUCUCAAGAAGUUCUGUGGGAAAUACAAUAAUGGUCUGACUUGUCUUGUGUCACGACUACGGACAAACUUUGGGGAUCAAAGGAUCAGUGUUGAAGUCGACUAUGAUAAGGAUGAAAUUCGCUUAUUUACUUCUUCAGAUGACACUGAAAAGGUUUUAAAUCAUGUGAAUUCUUCUUUAGAUUGGGAAAGAAACUCAUUACAGAAUGAAUGCAUGGAAAAAUGUUUGUAUCAUGGUGGUCCUGGUAUGUUCCCACCUGUUGCACUUUUCGGGUCUGGAGCUGAAAUUAAGCAUCUAGAGCUUGACAAGAGAUGUUUGACUGUUGAUGUAUUUCAUCCCCAUGUCAAUGAUGUUGACGAUAAAGAGCUGAUAUUGUUGAUUGAAAGUUAUGCCCCAGGAAUAUGUGCCGUCCACAAAUCUGUAAUCCAUGGUUCGGAGAUUGAAGAUAGAGAGAAGUGGGGAAGUAUUACAUUUCUGACGCCUGAUUCUGCUAAAAGGGCAGCUGAAUUGAAGAACAUUGAGUUAAAUGGUUCUUUGAUUAGAGUGAAUCUCUCAAAGGCAACGUUUGGAGUUGACCGAGCAUUUUCGUUUCCAGCUGUCAGAGCAAAAUUGUCAUGGCCUCGUAAAAUUAGUAAAGGCUCCGCUAUUGUUAAAUGUGAUCCGCGUGAUGUAGGCUUACUGGUUUCACAGUUCUCAAAUUUGCGGAUUGGAGAAAAAUUUGUUCGAUGUGAACCUAGUGACAAGUAUAUUGAUUCUGUUGUGAUAUAUGGAAUUGAUAAGGAAGCUUCUGAACCUGAAAUUUUACAGGUAUUGAGCAAUGCUACAGAUCGGAGAAUUGUGGACUUUUUUUUGGUUAGAGGAAAUGCUGUGGAAGAUCCAACGUGCCGUGCUUGUGAAGAAGUUCUUUUCAGAGAGAUUUCUGCUUUCAUGCCAACAGGGAGCCCACAGAUUAAUUUCUGCAGAGUUCAGGUCUUUCCCCCGGAGCCCAAGAAUGCUUUUAUGAAAGCUUUGAUUACUUUUGAUGGAAGGUUACAUUUGGAGGCGGCAAGAGCAUUAGAGGAGAUUGAAGGAAAGGCUUUACUUGGUUUUCAAUCAUGGCAGAAAAUACAAUGCCAACGGUUAUUUCACACUUCAAUAUGCUGUUCUUCCGCUGUCUACUUCGUAAUCAAGAGGGAACUUGAUUCAUUAAUGGCCUAUUUGAACUGCAAAAGAGGAACUGAAUGCACUCUAGACAGGAAUGCCAAUGGUUCUUACCGAGUAAAGAUAUCAGCAACAGCCACUCAAGUUGUAGCCAAUUCAAGAAGAACACUGGAAAAACUGAUGAAAGGGAAGAUUGUUAAUCAUCCCAGCCUCACUCCAUCUGUACUACAGCUUCUCUUUACUAGAGAUGGUAUCACAUUAAUGAAGUCCCUUCAACAAGAAAUGGGAAUAUACAUGUAUUUUGAUAGGCAAAGCCUAAAUGUGAGGAUGGUGGGCCCUUCUGCUAAGAUUGUUUUGGCAGAAGAGCAGUUUAUUCAGCGGCUUCUCAACCUCCAUAUAAACAAACACCUCGAAAUCCAUCUACGUGGAGUUGAUCUCCCUCAUGAUCUAAUGAAGGAAGUUGUCAAGAGGUUCGGCCCGGAUCUGCACGGGUUGAAGGAGAAGGUACCCGAAAAAACCGAGUUCACUCUCAACACACGGCGCCAUGUCAUUUCCGUUUGUGGUACUAAAGAGGCAAAGCAAAAGGUGGAGGAAAUUAUCAAUGAGAUAGUAGCACAAUCAAGUAGUAGUAGUAGUUCAGUGGAUAAUGCUUUCAGUAAAAAGGGUUGCCCAAUUUGUUUGUGUGAGGUUGAAGAUGAAAUUCAACUUGAAAGCUGCAUGCAUGUUUUCUGCAGAUCAUGUUUAGUAGAACAAUGUGAGUCUGCAAUAAAAAACACAGAUAAAAGCUUCCCUAUGUGUUGCGCCCACGAAGGCUGUGGUGUCCCUAUUUGGCUCGUCGACUUGAAAUCGCUACUCUCAUCCGAAAAACUGGACGAACUUUUUAUGGCUUCGAUGCGAGCUUUUAUGGCAUGUAGCGGUGGGAAAUUACAAUCCUGUCCAUCACCUGAUUGCCCUUCUGUUUAUCAGGUAAAUGGUUCAGGUAAAUCAGGGGAGCCUUUUGUUUGUGAGGCUUGCUACGCGGAAACUUGUACUCAAUGCAAUUUGGAGUACCACCCUUACUUAUCAUGUGAAAAGUACAAGGAAUUUAAGGAAGAUCCGGAUUCUUCUUUACGAGAGUGGUCGAGGGGUAAAGAUGUAAAAAGAUGUCCGGGUUGUGGCACCCCCAUUGAGAAGGCAGAGGGAUGCAAUCACAUUGAGUGUAAAUGCGGGAAGCAUCUGUGUUGGGUUUGUUUGGAGUCCUUUGUUGACAGUGAUGAAUGUUAUAAUCAUUUGAGGGCUAUUCAUCAAGGAAUUACAUGAAACCGGUAUUUAUCUUAAUCUUAAUCUUAAUCUUAAUCUCGAGAGUUAUAUGUUAUAACUGUUCUUUGUUUGUUUGGUUCAACACAUUGUACAUUUCCACAACCCACAUGUAUGUAUAGCUCAGACUACAGUUUAGAACAUAACUUUUAGUUGCAGAUCCCUCUGUAAAUACCGUGAGUGGCGGUUAUAAUGUUGUUUAUAUAUGUGUAAUAUAUUGCGUGUGGCAGUUUCGAUA